AUGACCUUGCUUCAUUAUGAACCAUAUUUGGUUUAUACUUCGGAGGAUUAUAAUCCAGAAAAUCCUAGUCGAUAUUCAACAGGAAAAUCAGUCUAUGGAAAUGAAUCCGCUUAUUAUAUUGAUAGUCAAAGUGGUAAUCCAUGGUUAGGACCAACAUCAAAUUAUCUACCAAAUGACCUUGUUAAUAAUCAUGGUACAUAUAAUGAUGCCAAUGGAACAUGUUUACCAUCAAUGGCAAGUUUUCGACCUCAACAACAAACAUCAUAUACGAGUAAUGGCAAUGAUCAAACAGUACAAACUGGAGAAGCACUUGGCAAAGCAUUACAAUCAAUUUAUCCUAGCGAACAUCCUUAUUCUUCAACAUCAUCAACACCUGUUGCAUCACCACCAGUAAAUGGAUCUAGUCAAGCAUGGAUAAAUGCAACGCAAACAUAUCAUCAUCUUACAUCUUUAAUCGAUCUAUCUGAUGACUCUUAUUAUUUACUCAAUUUAAAUGAGCCACCAAGAUUAGAUGUUGAUGAUUCUUUUCGACAAGCUGAUUAUCAUCAUUAUUAUACUGGUUAUCAUCAUCCACAUUCCACGGGAGCAUAUUCAGCAUUUUUAAAUCAUCCAACAACAUCGGAUACAGUAACACGAAAUCGACAUCAUGAUCCUUAUUUACCAUAUGCUAAUCCUCCAUCUGUAUCAUCAUCAACAUCAUCAAAUGAUGCUAAUAUAGCAUCAUUAAAUUCUGAUUUAAAACUUGAACGUCUUGAGAAAGUUAAAAAUGAUGUUGAAAAUAAACCACCAUCAACAACAACAACAACAACAAAUAGUACAUCACAAUUAACAACAGAAAAAUUAAAUGAAUUUAAUCUUCGACAUGAUAUAACAUUAGAGAAUGCAACACCAUUAACAAUAGCAGUUGGUGGUCCAAAUGGAACACAUAUGGGUCCAACAUCAUCAUCAUCAUCAUCAACAAAGUUACGAAAUUCAUUAACAUUAAGUCCAAAUAGUCAUUUAAAUUUAUCAUGUAUGCGUGGUGGACCAGGAUCAGAAGGUAGUAUUAUUGAUCCUGAUGAAACACCUGAAGAACGUGAACGACGUGAAAAAGAUCGAAGAGCAGCAAAUAAUGCACGAGAAAGAUUACGUGUAAGAGAUAUAAAUGAUGCAUUUAAAGAACUUGGUCGUAUGUGUUCAAUACAUAUGCGAAAUGAUAAACCAGUUACUAAAUUAGGUGUACUUCAACAAGCAGUUAAUUUAAUAACAACACUUGAACAACAAGUUCGAGAACGUAAUUUAAAUCCAAAAGCUGCAUGUUUACGUCGACGUGCUGAAGAAAAAACUGAUGAUCAUAAUGGUAAUAUGAAUUUAAUGACAUCACAAGGUCCUAUGUUAUUACCAACUGAAUCUUCAUCAAUUGAUGGAUCGAAUUUUAUGGAACAAAUGCAUCAAUCAAUACCACCAUCUUAUUGGCAACAAUGA